UAGCGAUUUCGCAAAUACCUUUGUGAAAAAUCCUAGCUCUCUGCCCCAAUGUUAACAGCGGGCACGAGCUGCAAUGGAGCUCCCUUACACCGGUGCCUCUUCUCUCGAUGAAGGUCAACCGAUGGCAGAAAUUACCCGACUAAUCCAUCGGGUUUCGAAUGACGUCGACACGCUGUGUUCCUUGUAGCUCUCGCGUCGCAUUCUCGUCCUCGGUUCUCUGUGCUCAGCUCUCAAUACGAGGGUCCUGAGCAACCCCCAUUUGGGGCUCCAUUCGGCCGCCGCCGACGGUUCCCGACCGAAGGCUUCGAUCAGUCAAGCUAUAGAGUGGACUGAAGCUUCAAUGGUGUGCUUCCUGAUGAAUGUCUUCAAGCAGUUAUUACCGGCCAAACAUAAUAUUGGCGGUGCGUCCAAGUAUGGUGCAGCAUUCUCCUUAUGCUUCCGCCACUCAUCCUCGGAUACUGUCAUGGAGGUUCAUUCUCAAGAGCAGGAAGUCGUAAUCGCUAUAGGCAGCAAUGUGGGUGACAGACUCAACAAUUUCAAUGAAGCGUUGGACUUGAUGAAGAAGUCCGGCAUACGCAUUAAGAGGCAUGGUUGUUUGUACGAGACAGCGCCUGCUUAUGUCACCGAUCAACCUCAGUUUCUGAACUCCGCAGUGAGAGCCGUGACAACUCUCGGGCCCCAUGAAUUACUAAACCAACUUAAGAAGAUCGAAAAGGACAUGGGUCGCACGAAUGGGAUCAGGUAUGGCCCGAGGCCAAUUGACUUGGAUAUAUUGUUCUAUGGGAAGUUUAGAAUUAACUCUGACACACUUGUAGUUCCUCACGAGAGAAUGUGGGAGAGACCAUUUGUGAUGGCUCCGCUGAUGGAUUUGAUUGGAUCAACUGUUGACAGUGAUGUGGUGGCAUCUUGGCAUUCUCUGUCGAUACACUCAGGUAGUCUUCAUGAAUCAUGGAAUAAACUGGGUGGUGAAUCUUUGAUUGGGAAGGAAGGACUUAAAAGAGUUUUACCCAUCAAAAAUGACCUCCUUUGGGACUGGUCGGAGAGAACAUUUGUGAUGGGUGUUCUCAACCUAACACCAGAUAGUUUUAGUGAUGGAGGGAAGUUCCAAAGAGUGGAAGCUGCAGUUUCCCAGGUCCGUUUGAUGAUUUCAGAGGGGGCAGAUAUGAUUGAUCUCGGGGCCCAGUCUACUAGACCUAGGGCAGAUCGGAUUUCUCCAAGAGAAGAAUUAGAGAGAUUGAUUCCAAUUUUAGAAGCUGUUCUGGAAAUGCCUGAGAUGGAGGGGAAGCUUGUCUCCGUUGACACAUUUUACUCGGAAGUCGCUUCAGAAGCAGUGAGCAAGGGGGCACAUGUCGUAAAUGAUGUAUCCGCAGGGAAGUUGGAUGACAACAUGAUUCCUGUUGUUGCUGAUCUUAAGGUUCCUUAUGUUGCUAUGCACAUGAGGGGGGAUCCGUCUACUAUGCAAAACAAAGAAAACCUCCAAUACAAUGAUGUGUGUAAGCAGAUUGCAUCCGAGUUGUUUACUAGAGUGAAAGAUGCAGAAUUAUCUGGUAUACCAGCUUGGAGAAUAAUCGUGGACCCAGGAAUCGGAUUCUCAAAGAAUACUGGCCAUAAUGUGGACAUUCUUGUGGGAUUACCAGCCAUUCGAGAAGAACUUGCGAGAAAAAACUUGGCUCUCUCUCAUGCCCCUUUACUGAUAGGACCUUCUAGGAAACGAUUUCUAGGCGACAUAUGCCCUCGUCCGAUUGCCACGGAGCGCGAUGCGGCAACGGUUGCUGCUGUCACUGCCGGAGUACUUGGUGGCGCAAAUAUUGUAAGGGUUCAUAAUGUCAGAGAUAACUCAGAUGCUGUGAAGCUCUGCGAUCUGAUGCUUAAAAGGAGGAGCUCCACUGCAUAGUACAUCCGGCCUACUUUUGUCAAUCGACUUAGGGUGUGUUUUUCUGGGAAAACCUCACAAAACUCAGAAAAUGCUUUCCGGGAAAUCAUUUUUCUUGAAAACCCGUUCUCAUCUUCAGGUUAGGGAAUUCAUUUUCCUAACCAUAAGCAUGCAUAUUAUCAUUCACCAUAAAUGGUUUUCUGUUGAUUAAUCAUUUUCAGCAAAUCAAACACGUGAAAGUUAAGAAAACUAAUUCGCGGAAAGUUCUUUCACUCAAACAAACGCAUCCUUAUUUUCAAUGUUCUCUCUUUCUUAGCAUAGUUGGCAUUAUGGGACGGGUUCUUUUUUCCAUGUAAAAGCAAGGGAAUGAGUUAUUGUACAAACCAGAGGCGUAAGUUAGCUGAGGUCACACUGAGAAACAGAUACUUCAGUGUUCAAGCAAGUUGAAUGAAGAACUCCAUAUACAUUUUUGUUUUAUGAAUUCAGUUAAAUUGCUUUGCUGCUUUAUAA